CUGUGAAGAGCCGCAACACCACGCCGGAUGGGACGGGCAGUAUGGCCUUGUUAGCGACGUUACUGGCGCUCCGCAAGGACCCCCGCAUCCAACGGCUUCCACCAUACCUCUCCCUCAUCUUUAUCAUUGUCGGCGUUGCCUGGCUUCUGCUGCUCCCUCUGGACGAGUAUUCGCGGGAGACGUACGUGUCGGAAAAUGCAUUGCUGCCGGGACAGGUGCAUACCUACUUCACGGGGAGCGAGCACAAUAUCUUUCGAGCAUACAGGCACGAGGUUGCGGCUCUGGCAGACAAGCCCGUCGAGGAGAGGUCCCGCGCUUUGACAGAUAUCUUCCGUUCGCACAAUUUGAAGGCUGCUACGCAGAAGUACACGUACCAACCGUCGGGUCGCAACAUCACCAACCAGAAUGUAUAUGCCGUUCUUCAAGGCCCUCGCGCGGACGCAACCGAAGCCCUUGUCCUGAUUGCAGCAUGGAGAAACAUGGAUGGCGAAGUCAACUAUAGCGGGGUGGCUCUUGUGUUGACGCUCGCCCGGUAUUUCAAGAGGUGGAGUCUCUGGUCCAAGGACAUCAUCUUUCUGAUAUCUGGCGACAGCACCUCGGGCCCCCAAGCCUGGGUGGAUGCGUACCACAACUCGCAUUCGCCGGCUGCCAUAGACCCUCUUCCCAUCAAGAGCGGUGCGCUGCAGGGCGCCAUUGCUAUCGACUAUCCCGCCGGUCCGUGGGGCCACCGCUUCGACAAGCUGCACAUCAUGUACGACGGCGUCAACGGGCAAUUGAGCAAUCUUGAUCUCUUUAACACUGCCGUUAAUAUUGCCAAUGGGCAGAUGGGCAUCGGGUGCACGCUGCAGCGCAUGUGGUCGCACAAAAACACCUACCAGGACCGACUUCAGACAAUGCUCCGGGGCAUGCUGAGCCAGGGGCUUGGCCACGCUUCCGGUCCUCACAGUGCCUUCAUCCCCUAUCACGUCGAUGCCAUCACGCUCCAGACGGUUGGAGACGGCUGGCACGACGAAAUGAGCCUUGGACGCACCGUCGAGUCGCUCUUCCGCAGCUUGAACAAUCUGCUCGAACAUCUGCAUCAAAGCUUCUUCUUCUACCUCUUGCUGCAUUCGAUGCGCUUUGUUAGCAUCGGCACCUACCUCCCCAGCGCCAUGCUCCUCGCAGCGAGCUUCUCCAUCUCGGCCAUCGCAUUAUGGGUACAAAGCGGACGCCCAGAUCUGGACACCCCAGUGCCCAACCCUGCCUCCACGCACCCUUCACCGCAGGAAAAGAAGAGUCCCUCGAUAGAAGAAGAAAAGAAGCCUACCGCGAUGACCGAAGUCCACCUCGACACCCACAAAACCCUCAUCCCCUCCGCCCUCCUCACCACCACCGAACGCUCCCUCCUCUACCCCACCCUCUUCACCCUCCUCUCCCACACCCUCGGCCUCCUCCCCCUCUACCUCUUCAACAACACCCCACCCUCCUACCUCCCCACCCUCCUCAACCUCUCCCUCGUCCUCUCCCCCGCCCUCCCCCUCCUAACCGCCUCCUUCCUCUCCUCCUCCCCGCCCCUCCGCCCCACAUCCCAACAAACAACCCUCAUCCAAUCCUUCUCCCUCCUCCUCCUAGGCAUGUUCCUCGCCGCCCUCGCAACCCUAAACUUCAGCCUCGCCUUCCUCGUCGGCUGUCUCUGCUCCCCGCUCGCCUUCACGCGGUACCUCCCCGGUAAGAAAAUCGCUAGCGCCGCGCAGACGCUGCUUCUCGCUGCCUUGAAUCCCGUCGUCGUGAUACGAGCGGCGUGCUGGUUCUGGGGAGCGGAUGUAGGCGAUGUGGUGGUUCGCGCGGCCGAGGGGUGGCAUGUUUGGGGUUUGUGGACCCAGGUCGUUGUUUGGGAGGUUUGGUGGCCGGCGUGGUUUGCGGGUGGUGUGGUUGUGGGGAGGGGGCUGUUUUCGUGAUUUUUUUUUAGAGAAGAG